GGAUCCACACUCUGGGAUCUGAGCUGGAGGCUUCCUUGGGGCUCAGAUCAAAGAUGGAAAAGCAGGAUUCUGCUGCGGUUGAAGCAGGAAGAGGCCCUGACACCAUCAAGAUUGGAAGCACUGAGAACUUCUGGAAAAGAACCGUGCAGAAGAAGAUCCUGGGCGAAGGUGUUUUCCAUUCCAAAGUACAGCACCAACACUUCAGAAACUUCAAAGACGUCUACUACCAGGAGGCCAAGGGACCUCGAGAGGUUUGCAGCCAACUCCGCCACCUCUGCCAUGAGUGGCUCAAGCCAGAGCAAAACACCAAGGCUCAGAUCCUGGACCUGGUGAUCCUGGAGAAAUUCCUGGCUGUCCUCCCCCCGGAGAUGGAGAACUGGGUGAAGGAUCAGGGAGCGGAGACCAGUUCCCAGGCAGUGGCCCUGGCAGAAGGUUUCCUCCUGAGCCGGGCAGAGGACCAGAAGCAGGAAGAGCGGCAGGUGAGAGACAGUUUAAUGAAAGGGCCUAAAAAACAUGAGGGAGGUCAACUCAAAACUCACUAUAAUUGGCCAACUUUUUCAGACAGCGAGAGCCUGUUGGAUCAGGCCAGUGGUUGAUCUGUUCCAGCAUCCUGUUCUCACAGUGACCAACCAAAUGGCCAUCUGUCUUGGAUUUUUUAGUUAAGAUUCCUGCAUUGCAGGGGGUUGGCCUGGAUGACCUUUGUGGUCCCUUCCAGCUCUACCAUUCUGAUGCCUGUAGGAAGCCUCAAGGACCGCCUCUUUCCAUAUGAACCUACCCAGACCCUGAGAUCAUCUUCUGAGGCCCUUCUUCGUUUGCCUCCUCCUCUAGAGGUCCGGAGGAUGACAAGGCGAGAACAGGGCCUUCUCUGCAGUGGCUCCCUGUCUGUGGAAUGCUCUCCCCAGGGAUGUUCGCCUGGCGCCUUCAUGAUACACAUUUAGGCACCAGGCAAAAACAUCCCUUUUUAACCAGGCCUUUGGUUGAUCUGAUUUACAUCCUUUAAAAAAAUUUUGUGGGGGUCGGGGAAGGCUAUUUCGUUGUUUUUAUUUUUAUUAUGUAUUUUGUGGUUUUGCAUCUUGAUUUUAUUCUGUGAGCUGCCCUGAGACCCCCAAGUAUAGAGCAGUAUAUGAAUUCAAUAAAUAAACAAUAUAAAAUAAAUAAGCCAGCAAAAUGCACCUGAGAGGAACAGCAUUCAGUCUACCUCCAAUUCCCAGCAAUUGAACAGUACUGAGCGGUAGAACGUAGCCAUUAUGUCUAGGAGGUGUUGAUAAUCGUAUCCAUGGAUCUGUCCAGUCUUUUUCAAAAACCACCAAAUCGUCUUGUGGGAGCGAGUUCCAUAGUGUAACCAUGAGUAAAGUACAAGGGACGCGUUGCUCAGUCCCAGCUCCUGCCCACCUAGCAGUUUGAAAGCACGUCAAAAUGCAAGUAGAUAAAUAGGAACCGCUACAGCGGGAAGGUAAACGGCGUUUCCAUGUGCUGCUCUGGUUUCACCAGAAGCGGCUUAGUCAUGCUGGCCACAUGACCUGGAAGCUGUACGCCAGCUCCCUCGGCCAAUAAAACGAGAUGAGCACCGCAACCUCAGAGUCGGGUACGACUGGACCUAAUGGUCAGGGGUCCCUUGAGGUUCAGCAGCAACAAGGGGAAGGACGCUUUGACAGCUGUCAAAAGCUGUCAAAUUGCUAAAGGACUAAGAAAGACGAUUUUAUUUCUGUGAAUUGGAAAAAUUGAUUCAAAAGGUUUUAAAAGGAUUUAAGUGGAUUGUAAAUUUGAAAUCUGAUGAGGUUAAAGACAAAGGAUAAGAACAGCCAAGAUGGAGCCGACAACGUGGUAGAGAGGAAUUUUCCAGUACCCUUUGGCCCUUAUCUCUGGUCUGCCUGUGGUUAAGUGAGUUAUGAAAACAAAGUUCUCUCGAGCUUUCCAGGAGGCAGUGCGGGGCUACCUACAAAUAUGGGAAGAUAUUUACAAGGAAAGGCAAUGUUUGAAUCCAACAGAAAAGGAGAAUGAGGUGCAAGAGCAAGAUUUAGAGGACAAUUUUGAAUACGAGACUGUGUGUGAGAAGCAACAACUUGAGGACAAUUUGGAGACUGAUUUAGACCAAAAGAAAUAUGUGUUGGAUGAUGAAAAACAAAGAUCUGAACAAGGAGACGAGGCCGACAAGGAGAAGCAAAGUGAAGAGAAGAUUGAUGGAAGUGAAAUUCCUGGAGAGACUGAAAUGUUGAAUGGUGUUAGUGAAGGGAGGGAAAGGCAGAAAGAGGGGGGAGCAAAGGCCUGGAAGUGGAAGUGGGAUAGAAUUGGUGUGGGGUAAAAAUUUUAGUUUAAGGUAUACUUUUGGCUUAUGAAUAACGUUGUCGGAGUCUUGGCCUGCUAAAGGAUAUGCUGAUCCAAUUGGGAGGAGGGACA